CCCUGACGCGAGGGUUCAUUUGCAUAGCGGGCCACGCCCCUUCUGCCGACGUCACCCGGGGUCCGCAUCUGCUGCAGUCGCUGCGGGAGGAGCGAGCGCGGCAGAGAUGGCGUCGGCUACCGACUCCCGCUAUGGGCAGAAGGAAUCCUCGGACCAGAACUUCGAUUACAUGUUCAAGAUCCUGAUCAUCGGGAACAGCAGCGUCGGGAAAACCUCCUUCCUGUUCCGGUACGCCGACGACUCCUUCACGCCCGCCUUCGUCAGCACCGUCGGCAUCGACUUCAAGGUCAAGACCAUCUAUCGGAACGACAAGCGCAUCAAGCUGCAGAUCUGGGACACGGCCGGGCAGGAGCGGUACCGCACCAUCACCACCGCCUACUACCGCGGGGCCAUGGGCUUCAUCCUCAUGUACGACAUCACCAACGAGGAGUCCUUCAACGCCGUGCAGGACUGGUCCACCCAGAUCAAGACCUACUCCUGGGACAACGCCCAGGUGCUGCUGGUGGGGAACAAGUGUGACAUGGAGGACGAGCGCGUGGUCUCCUCGGAGAAGGGCCGCCAGCUCGCCGAGCACCUGGGAUUUGAGUUUUUCGAGGCCAGUGCCAAGGACAACAUCAACGUGAAGCAGACCUUCGAGCGGCUGGUGGACAUCAUCUGCGAGAAGAUGUCGGAGUCGCUGGACACGGCCGACCCCGCCGUCACCGGGGCCAAGCAGGGCCCCCAGCUCACGGACCAGCAGGCCCCUCCCCACCAGGACUGUGCCUGCUAGGGGCCAGCCCCACCCCUCCUCCACAAACCCCCCCAAAAACCGGUCAGUGCACCCCCCAACCCCCCCCCCCCCCAGCCCCUCCUCUUGGGGGUCCCGUGGGGGAAUUGCUGCUGAUACCUCCCAAAGGGCUGCGGCCCCUUUAGGAGCUCCCCACCCCACCCACCCCCAUAAUUCAUUAGGCUGUGCCCCCCAACCCACCCCCUUAAUUUAUUUUGAAGCCUGGGCUGGUAGAAAACUCCCCCUCAUUCUGCUUUUAAUCACUGUCCAAGAAACCAUUGCCCCCAGCCCUUCCCCAAGAACCUCCUUCCCUGGGGGACCCCUUUCCCUGGGGACCCCCCCUCUUCCCUGAGAAACUCCUGCCCUGGGGACCCCCAAUCCCUGGGGACCCCCUUCCCUGAGGACCCUAUUCCCUGGGGGAGCCCCUUGCCCUGGGGACCCCCUGACCUUGGGACCCACUGCCCUGGGAGACCCUCCUGCCCUGAGAAGCCCCUUCCCUGAAGA